UUCCUCAGCUGCUCCCCUGUGCCUCCUGCCUGGGGCACAAAGUGAACUCCUCUGUAGAGUGACUGUUGGGCCAGCCUGGGGGAGAGCCACUAGCUAUGAAGGGCCAGUUGGUGGGUCUUUGGACAGGGAGGACCCCUUCCCUGCGGCAGGUGCGGGGUGCCCUGCAAAGUUCGGCGGCGGAUGGAGGCGGGUCUGCGCCCAGCCUGGGGCCGGGAAGCUCCAACCCCUAGAGAGGGAGGAGCUGCUGCCCUGGUGGGGCAGGUGGGGGGAGCCUGGGCCCAGGUGUGUCCGGGGCUCUGGGAAGGGAUUGCUCCCUGGCUGACGCCGGCAAAUUAAAGCAGUCUUGGCCCCAGGAUACCGCUCUGGGAAGCCGCGUUCGUCUCCCGAAGGAUCCGUCGAUUCUUCGGAGGAAGGCCAUGGAAGGGGAAGGGUUAAGAAACUUCAAGGAACUUCGAGCCAAAUUUCAAAAGUUUGAUGUGCCCUCUCUUCCAAGACCUAUAUUCCCAGCAAGAAUUUCUCAAAAGAGCGAUAUUGGAAACACACAGUCAACAGGUGUUUUGGCCAGUGAGAAACCCCUCUCCUCCAACCACAGUCAGCUCCCACUGUAUUGUUCUAGCGGUGAACCCCAGCCUCUUCAACCCCAGGAAAUGAAGUCCUCCCAGAGGAGCAAGAUUCAGAGAUGUUCUGAUUCCUCAGAACCUCCAGAAGGGUCUACUGAUUCUGCAGUAAAGUCAAAGAAGACUUCUCUGCUGUUAGACGUGAAUCAGUCAAAUGCUGACAUAACCCAUGAGAGGAAUGUCAUGGUGACUGACAGCUUCAAAGACAAGCUCUGGAAUUGGGAGAAGGUUUCAUCUCAGAAAAGUGGGAUGUCUUCAGCCUUUGUCCUUGCCAGUCGUGGAAGAAGGGCCUUCCAUCUGGAGGAGGAGAAAAGCAUAGGGCUUGCUCCAGAGGUGCCCAGGGGGAAGCUAGAAACAGGAGGAGCCCAGACCCUUCCUUCCCAGAAGCACUUGAUGACCCCCCAAAAUUCACUUGCCUCCUUUCAAGAUCCUACUUCUCUACUUUUUCAGUGUGGCAGGAAGAGCCUAGAAAGCCCCUAUCCUGAGAGGAGCCCCGUGGGGAACACCUGCCAGCCUGUCUAUGAGAGUGAACUUGCCACCCAGGUCCCCGAGAAACAGCCAGAUGAUAGGCAUCACCAACUUCUCAAAACGAAGCCACUGCCUUCCAUCAAGUCCCUGGGUCCUCCUCCCCCAAAGCCUCCGAAGCCCCCAGCCGUGAACCUCCAGGCCUUCCAGAGGCAGGCAGCUGUAAUUGCUAAGACCCACACGGAAGCAGCUGUGGAAGAGGGCUGCCUGCCUCCAGAGAGUGCUGAAUUUGAAGAACCACAUAAUUAUGAGGCGACAAUUUCAUAUCUGAAACACUCUGGCAACUCCAUUAACCUGUGCACCGCAAAAGAAAUUGCUGAUGCAACUUACGAAGUCGAAAUUGAAGAACUGCAAAAGCCUUGGAAGAGUGGUCUCCGUGGAGAAUUUAGCCCUACACAUGAAGAUGAAGGUAAAAAAGAGAAGGAAAAGGAGCUGUGUGAAUUGGCACCUCGAAAACCAGAAAGGGAUCUACAUUCAAGCCGUCUUUUCGAGGGGACUGCCUCUGGAGGGAUGCUGGGAAGAAACAAGGUGACGAAGGUCCACGGAGGCAGCAGGAGCCCGCUGCCCGGGAAACAGGACACUGGGAGCAUCAUCGCUGUCCAGACAAAGCCCCGCCCCCAUGACCCAAAGCUGGCCAGACACUCCUUAAGCCACGGUGGGUAUGUGGAGGCCUUGGAGGUCACUAAAGAAAUGCCAGGCCAGGGGGCCUGGAAGCCUCGCUCCAUCUCAGAGGAGACUUACGACGAUGUUGAGUGCCCCAGCAGAGGGAGAACAAGGUCAGAUUUCUCUAGCUCAUUUGCUUCAGAUGAUGUUCUUUUAAUUCCAGAAGAAAAUAGUGAAGAAGUGUAUGAAGAGGUCUACAAAACAAAAGGCAACUACCCAAAAAUAGACUUAGAUGGAAAAGAAGCCCUUAAAAGACUGCAGAAAUUCUUGAAGAAAGAAAAGAACAGAUUUAAAAUGAAGAAAAACAAGUUGAAAGAAAAUGUGAGUGCAUUUUCCAUUUCGCUGCCUGAUUUAGAACUUAGGUCUCAGGAAGUUAUUAUCUAUGAUAACGUCGAUAUAAAUGAAAAAGGAUCCAGAAAUGAAGAUAAACUAAAAACUUGGAAGCCCAAGUUUUUGAUGGCAAAGGAAAAGAAAGAGAAAAAAGGUGUUGAAGAAUCUGAAAGAAAUUUCUUUAGAACCAAGAAGCAAAACUUAGAAAAGAUCAGAAUGGAAAAAGAAGAAAAACGUUUUAGAGAACAAUUUGAGUAUGAUAAAGAGAUUACUGUCAUCAACAUAGCAGUGGCACGUUCCAGGAAUUCCAGAAAUGGAAUGUUUGAUUUGCCAAUAACCCCUGGAGAAGAACUGCAAGUCAUUGACACCACUGAAGAAAAUCUAGUGAUUUGUCGCAAUUCUAAAGGCAAAUAUGGAUAUGUACUACUUGAACAUCUAGAUUUCAAGCAUCAAGGUUGGUCGCCUUAGGAAGAUGAAGCUCCGGGGGCAGGGGCUCCACUAGGAAGGACUAAUCUGAGACCUUAGUUCUGCCUCACCUGUUUCAAUUCACAGGUCAAUUGGGAUGGUGGGAUCUGUGGAACUGGAGAAGAGAAAAACAAAUCCUCCAUAUUUAGAUGUUGGUUUUACUCCUAAAUGGUUAUCUUUCAAUGUCUAUUUCAGUAUCUAUUUCACUGCUGGCUCAAGAGAAUGUGAAACUGUGUGUGUUAGCAUUUGAGCACUUAUUUAAUGAGCCAUAGCCAAAGUUAGAAAUCAUGCCUUAUGGCACCUAGGCAGUUGUGCAGAUGGUUAGUUUGCUUCUAAUAUUAGUAUACGAGUGUUUAUAAUUUCUAGAAGAUGUUGUGCAUUUAAAUUGCAUGUAAUUCUGAAAAAUAAAUAAUGUAGCCAAGGUCUUUUAAAUACUCAGAUUUAAGGUAUAAUCUUGAAUGUAAUUAUGGCUCAGUCUUUAAAAAAAAAAAAAAAAAAUCAAGGUAAAAGUAAGUGUCCUUCUGCUUUAUCCGAAAACCAAAAUCAGACAAAUGCUAUUCAAUAUUGGCUUCCUUGGGGAACAGAAUGCUAAAAAGCAAUUUAUUCCUAAAGGAAGAGCCUAAAUUAACACAAUUUUAUAUAUAUACUGUCAGUUUAAAACAUCCUGUCAUCCAAGUAAGAAAAAUAAUUCUAUGCCUGAAUACCUAUUCAAAUAGAAUUAAUGUUAUUUACAGUUCCACUUUGUUUUUACAUGAUGUGCACUGCCUGUCCAUGAGAUAAAUUGUACAUAGGCAUACAGCUGUUUUAAGUGGCUUCUUCAGCCCUGAAAAACCAAACAAUUCUGCUCGAUUGUUUAGACAGGCUGAGUCUAGUCUUCAAGGGUGUAAUGGAAUUUGUCUCAUGACCUAAUUCUUUAGACUGUGAAACUAUUUUUUUUAAGCUUCUAGGUUCUUUUAUCUUCUUUCUCAUGUUCCAAAUGGCACUCACCAAUAAAGGCCAAGCAUAAAAAGUAUCCAUUAGAGGAAAGGGGAAUGUGGCAGCAGGGUAGGAAUAGUCUAGGCUUACCUCCUCCCAUGAAUGCAACUGGGUAACUAUCAAAUCAUCCUAAAUACCCCAGAAAUCAAUCUGAAGACUGGCAGAACAAACUCCCCAACUGAAGGUGGAGAAGAGGCCACGUCAAAGAAGGUGGGAAGGGCCAGAGACAAAUGGAUCGCAGUUGCUACAGUGGGUAGGGCCACCUGCAGGAAUUAGCACAGUGCCACACUCACUACCUCACUUGCUGACAACACCGAGCCCCACCUCCCCAUGUUCUAGAAGAACUACUUUCCCAGUCAGCUUGCUUCAGGCCAUGUGGCCGGCUCCCUCCCCCAGGAGCCGGGCCCAAACCCCUGGUGACACCACGUCUCCAGCCCAUUCCAACCUGGUUUUGUGUGGCCUCGGUUCCUGUGGCAGCAGACUUAGUUAAAACGUACCACAUUCUGGCCUGGGACACUGCCCGCAACAGGCAAAGAGCCUCUGCAGACUACUGGCCUGAAGGCUAAAGCAGCCCGGGCACACACAGUACACAGCAGUGACCCUCCUGGAAGGGCACGAGAGGACCCCUUCUUCACAAAGCUAUUAGGCUGAAGACCAGGAGACGUCGCAAGAAUUUUUCCCAAAUGAAAGAACCAAGACGAGCCACAGCUGGAAACCUAACCAAAAUAGAUACAAGUCACAUGCCUGAUGAAGCAAUGAUCAUAAGCAUACUCACGGGACUUGAGAGAAGACUGGAAGGUAUCGGUGAGACCCUUAACACAGAGAUAAGGAAUAACACAGCAGAAAUAAAGGGCUCAAGCCACAGACUGGGAAUACAUUGCUGCUUGGACCCCCCUGAAUUACAGCUACUCCAUGAGAGGCCAGCACAGCCCUCUCGCACACUCCAGGGAAAAGACCUAUUGCCGUGGGCACUGUAGAAGAUGAGGCUACGUAUGGCCUGUGGACAAGGAGGUGAGUGAGAGGCUGAGCAGAGACCUCUCCUCCAACAAUCCUGUGCAGAAGAGUCAGAAAUCCUGUACCCGUCUUGCCACCUCAUCACACAGUCACUUGUUCUGAUUCAGUAGCUCUGAGCCUCACUUGCCUCAGUAAAACAGGGCUACUCUGUCUCCCUCUCUGCCCCUCCCUGGCUCACACGCUCUCAGAAAUAAAUUUUAAAAAGGCUGAUAACACUCAACCUGUCUACUUCACAGUGUUAUCAGGCUGUCCUAUUAAUGCAAUAAUACAAAUGUGUCCUAAAAUCCUUAAUGUGCAAUACUGUGUACAUAUUAUUUUGAUACCUGGUGUUUUCUGUAGGUGGAAGAUGUUAGAAACAAAAAUACGGUUUUGAACAUUCAAAUCUUAAGACUUGAAAGAAUGGCUGGGAUGUUCUAGGUAAAUUGAAUAUUUUGUGUUUUUAAAAUAUAAACUACCUAAUUACUAUUUAUUGAUAUGGAGUAUGUUUUUAGGAAGAAUAACUGCUUCUAUCCAUAACUAAUGUUAUAUAUCUAUUUCACUAAUUUCAGCCACAUUUCUCCCAUUCUUUAAAUCACAGCAUUCAAACCAAGUAUCUCAUUAUUUAUCUAUGAGGUUUAUUAAGGUCAACACUGUAACUAAUACUUGAGUGCUAUCAAAGCAGAUGCCAUCUGUCUCCUACAAACCCUAACCUAGCAUAAAACUUCAAUAGAAAGAAGGACUUUUUAAUUUUAUAUAAACAGAUAAAGACAACAGCACCCAAAGGUACUUGACCUUAAAGGAGGCUAACAUUGGCACACUCAACUUCACGUAGGGGCCAGGCCUCCAGCAACCUGUAUGCCUGCCCCAACAAGACCUUCCCUUCCUCCUUUUGAGAACCUCUGAAUCGCUUGCUCUUCCAAGAGGACAGAGCUUUCUCUUGACCAGGCCCUCUCCUGCACAUCUUCAAAACUUUUGAAAGA